CCUUAAAGUCAUUUGUCCUUGCAAAGUGGUUUUUCCCCCACAUGUUGGACUCUGGACGGUGAAGGCGCAGUGCAUUCGGAAUCCCACGAAAACACCAGGCGCUGGGUCUGUCAUCUCGGCGACCUAGCGUGUUUGGCGACAGUCUCAAUUAUGACGACCUCCCUCGCCUCAGACGAGCCCGUUGCGGCUUCGGUUGCCGGCGAUGCCUUCGAUCCCUUUAUGAGCCCCGCGGGUUCAGCCCAUCUUCGGCACUCUAACUUUGACACUCACCUCUUUGCUUUGGCUCCCGGAUCCUCGGCCGAGCAGGUCAAGCGCGCGAUUCAGGCCCACCUUCGGGACACUGAGCGACGGAUGGAAGAAGCGGGGAAACUCGGCACGGCCCUUGUCCAGCAACAGAAGCAGCUUACCGAGAAGCUCCGUGAAGUGGAGCAACUGCAGUCCGAGGCUGAGCUUACACCGGAACUGCGACAGCGUCUCGUUGAGAUCGAGAAGGAUUACAAUGAGGUUGCCCGGGACAGCGCGCGAGCCUUGCUUCCUAAGCAAAGAGUGCCCAGCAACGAGGCCCCAAGCUCUCCGUUCUCUCCCGACGGCAAGGGCGCUGCCAGACGUUCCGUAAGCCCGUCCAAGUUUGAGACUCUCGCUGCACCCUCUCCGACUAAGUUCGGCGUCCCGAAUCGAAAGAUCCGCAACCAGCCUGCCAGCCGAAUUCACGAUAUCGAAUUUGCUGCCGAGAUCAGUACCUCCCUGAUCGCCCAGGUUAGAAGUCUUCAAGCCUUGCUCUCGGAGAGGGAGGAAGAGCUGAAGGAGGUCAAAUCUGAAAGAUCGAGGCUUGAGAUCGAAGCCGAGGGAUUUCAGCAACGCCUGAAGAGCCUGGACGAAAGCGAGAACAAGUACAAGGACGAGAACUGGAACCUGGAAACUCAGAUUCACGAGCUGAUUGCGACCCAAAAGGAGGCAGCCGAGCGUGAGAAGAAGCUGACCCAGACGCUCAAUGUCAUCCAAUCAGAGAGAAAUGCCACGCAGAGGGAGCUGGAAGAGGUCAAGGAUAGCUUGGCCAAACAGGAGGAGAAGCAUUCUGCCGAGAUCAAGAACCUCGAGAUUGAGCUUGGUACGAGUCGCCGGUCUGCCAUUGUGUUUGAGACCGAGCGCGCGGCGCUGCAGCGGAAGGUAGAGGAGCUCACUGGUCAGAACCAGGAGUUGGCCAAGGCUUUCUCGGCACUUCAGCGCGGCCGGGCUUUGGAACGCGAAGGAACUCACGGUGCGAGCGAGGAGGAUUCCACCUCGGCCCCUGACCAUAACACCCCCGAGCACUCGCCGCCUCCUUCGCCUAUGAAGCCAACCCCUCGGCACUCUGCGCUGGAAUCUGAAACGCUUAAGACGUCGCUCGGUCACGCUCAGCGUACCAUUCAGACCCUGCGGACAAACAUUCACCGCGAAAAGACCGAGAAGCUUGAGCUGAAGCGUAUGCUCCAGGAUGCUCGGGACGAGAUCGAGAAGCUCAGGAGCGACCCGCACCCUGCUCCAAAGAAAAGCCGCAAGGCUGACUUGCGCGAAUCCAAGAAGCCUUCCUUCAAGCUGAACCAGCUGGGCGUUCCACGAGCGAGUAGGACUGAAAUAGUCGAAGACCCCGAGUGGGAAGACCAGUCCGAGGCGCCAUCUUCCCCCGCCCUGCCACAUCGCGGUUCGAACGUCCGCCCCGCUGGCCCCGUGCGUGAGCCGAGCAGCGACCACUUCGAGACAGCCAAUGAGACCAGUGACGCCGCCUUUGAGACUGCCCAUGAGCGCGGGACCGAAACCGAGGACUUCCAGACGGGCGUUGAGGACAUGUCGGACGAUGAUGAUGCGCUGACGGAGACGGAAGCUGGCCCAUCCCGAGGGCUCAACUCGAUCAAGCGCCCUCCGCCUUUGCCACCGCACCAUUCCAGCAAUCAUUACUCCUUCGACAGCACUGCCUCGACGUCAAGUGAGGAUGAGGAUUACCCUUCAUUCAGCUCCGAUAUCAAGACUCCCACAUCUGGCCCCAAGAUGCGGAGGCGCAUCAGCCGUGGCUCCCUGAGCCGCCGCCGUUCUCGGCAGUUCACCGAGGAGCCGGCUCUGCCAAGCAGUCCUGCCAGCAUCUCUGCCAACAAUCCGUCCGCCACUCCCGGUGGGCAGAGCCUGUUUGCCGAGCUGAACGAUCUCGACAAUAGCGAUUCGGACUCGUGUGCAGGAGCCGCUACUCCUAGUCGCAGGAGCGUUCGGUCCGGCACCCCUGCCACGCCCCACAGCGUUGUUCGGGGCCGGCUGUCUCCGCCUCCUGAGGUCCCAGCACUCCCCAAGAUCAUGGUCGAUACCGGCAUGAUGACUGAACCCGUGAAUAUACGGUCUAUGUCUGCGAUUGUCGAUCGCGAGAGAGUAUCUGAAGAGGGCGCGAGCUUGGUUCCGUCUCCGCAGAGCGCCACCUUCCCUGAGCGGCCGAUGUCGAUGGAGUCCGUAAUUGCUCCUUUCCGAACAGAUGCCUCGACUCAGUGGUUGGGAGAUGAUCCGAGGGAUGGAAUGACAUCUAGACCACUGUCUUCCAUCUCUUACAGCGACGCCAGUGUCCAACAGGACUGGGAUAUGCACGCGAAGCUGGCGCAGUUCCCGUCACCUCCACCGUCCUUGAGCUUCUCUUCAAUCCAAGCGCAGUUCAUCGAGCCUCAGUCGGAACCCGAGGUACUGUCCAGCCAGUCACCCUUGAGUGUCUCCUCCAUUCUAUCUGAACAGACGGAGCCGGUGGCAGAGAAGCUGGAAAUACCAGUCCUCACCCUAGCGUCUCUGGUAUGCGAGCAUGUCGAACCAGUUGCCGAAACAGAGCGACCUUUGCCAGGGCUCAGCGUACCUGCCAUCCUCAGCCAAGAUAUUGAGCCUAUGGCCGAGUCAGGGCCGCCCUUGCCUGAACCGCCAGCGCUCAGUAUGCCUGCCAUCCUUGUCCAGGAUAUCGAGCCCAUGGCGGAGCCAGAAUUUCCGGCUCCAGAGUUGCCGGUGUUCAGUGUGCCAGUUAUCGUCUCCCAAGAUAUCCAGCCUGUAUCCGAACCGGAGCCGCCUGUACCAGAACCGCCUGCGCUCAGCUUGCCUAUCAUUGUUUCUCAGGCUAUUGAGCCAUCACCGCCGACGCCGGUUACGCUGUCUUUCUCGAGCGUGUAUGCCGAGCAGGUUGAGCCCGUCGUCGAGCCCGAAGCUGUGCCUCCAUCGCCAAUCGUUCUCUCUUGCUCCGGUAUCCUCGCCGAACAGGUGGAGCCGGUUGAACUUUCCCCGCCGAUUAUUGAGGAGCCCUCUGAGUCCAGGAUCAACAUUGCUCUACCUGUGCACCUGUCAAUGUCCUCGAUUGCGUCCGAGCACGUUGAGCCUCAGCACGAGGAGCCCGCAUCACCCGUCAAAUUGUCGGUGUCGUCCAUCGCGGCAGAAGAGGUUGAACCCCUCGAAGAACCCGAGGCACCAGCGCCUCCUCUGGUCAUCGCUUCUGUUCAGGCUAUGGACGUGGUGCCUCAAGAAGCCCCGCCUCCUCCGCUAACCCUGUCAAAUGUCCAAUCUUGGGGCGUCGAACCCCUAGAGGCUACGGAGGUUGUCCCGCCCGCCUUGUCUCUUUCGAGCAUUGAGGCUCAGAACAUUGAGCCCGUUCGAAUCAAGGAGCCCGAGGUCGCCCAACUGUUGAACUUCUCGAGUAUUCAGUCGCUGCACACUGAACCUACUCCUGUCGAGCCCCGCAGUCCCUGGAGGAACGCAUUCAUCCUCCCCCGCGACGCGGAAAUUGAAGUCAACGGCGCGGAUGAUGCCACUCGCAGUUUAGGUGAACGUCAAUCUGUGCAGAACCAGAAGCAGACCGCAUCGACCACGGACCAGGGCGCUCAGACAGCUCUGACGUCCGAGGCCAUCGACCAGAUGCUCAAACAGAAGGCUCAGCCUUUCGAUACAGCCAACCUGGAGCGAACCAAUUCAUUUGGCAGCAUCGGCACUCCCUCUACGGUGAGGAUCCAUCGACCUCGUCAAGAAAGCUUCGACGGCGCUCAGCGACCGAAGGACUAUGCGGCCGACUCUGUUGUCGAUCCACUUGAAGGACCUCUUCCUCGGAGGCCUGGUUCGGCUACCGGAAUGGUGUCGAUUGAUGAAGUCCCACCGCUUCCACCGAACCACAAAGAAGUCAUCGAGGCAGCGAGAAGUGGCUCAUCACAAGGCGGCCAAGGUACCAUUGGCUCCAUGGGUCCUCCGUUGUUCCCUGCUUCCGCCUUGAAAUCACAAAAUCAGUCACUCAGGCCUCGAACGCCCACCGGUUCAAGGCGACCCAUUUCUCCGAUCUCAUUGGCGUCUGGCCGAGGGACGCCAACCCCGCGUGCUGCUACUAAGCCCGGCCUCACCCCUGGAACUUCCGAUGUGUACGACGCGCGGUCGCUCUCACGCGCGACCAUGCAGAGCCGGAAGUCUUCCAUUUCGUCGUUCACGUCUGAGGUUGAUAAUCGGUUCAACAUGCAUCAAGUGGGCGGCUUCGAUCCGCAGGGCUUCGGGCCAAACACCGAUCCUCGCAUGAUCCAGGCAAUCACGCAGACUAUGAUUGGCGAGUAUUUGUGGAAAUACACGCGCAAAACCGGCCGCGGGGAGAUGUCGGAGAACAGGCAUCGCAGAUACUUCUGGGUCCACCCCUAUACGCGUACCCUCUACUGGAGCGAUCGCGACCCCUCAACGGCUGGACGUUCCGAGCUGAGAGCCAAGAGCGUUCAGAUUGAGGCAGUUCGAGUCGUUGCCGACGACAACCCGAUGCCGCCGGGGCUCCACAGGAAGAGCCUGGUCAUUGUCUCGCCAAGCAGAAGCAUCAAGUUCACUUGCACAACCGGCCAACGACAUGAGACGUGGUUCAAUGCGCUCUCAUACCUGUUGUUGCGAACGGCCGACGAGGGGCAAACGGAUGUCGAGGAGAUUGCUGGUAAUAUCACGAGGGAGGAUGUCGAAGAAUUCAAUCCCUCGUUCGGCAGCAGGCGCCACGCCAAUGGCACCCGGGCAGUUCCCUCGCUGUCUUCAUACAACUCGCGUACUGCGCGAGAUUCUCCACCCAUGGAUCUCUCCAUGAGCGUCCCUACACUGACACCCUCGCGCUCCAAGGCCUCGCAAGGGCGCACAUCGUUUGGCACUUUGAGCCGGAUUGGCGGGUAUUUGAAGGACAACAAGAUAUCCGAGACCUUUGGCAGUAUCAGGAGCCGGAGUGCUCAAGGGCGCCACUCUGCCCUUGGCAUCUAUGAGUCCAGCGAUGUACAAGAUAGCGCUGAGGAUGUUAGGCAGAUGAUCGAGAGGCAAGAUCGGGAGGCCGAUCGUCUCGAGAACGUUCGAGCAUGCUGCGAUGGCAAGCACGAUGUUGGCACCCUCACUAAUAGUGCCAAAAAGGGUCGCCAUUCGGCUGCGGGCUUCCGCAACCCUACGCCAGGUCCUUCAACAACCCCCACGCCGAUUGGGACUGUCAGGUCCCGGGCAUGAUGCCCGGGCGCACUCUCUCGGUUUCCUUGGAUUAACAACUCACGAUGUCCCUUGUCAAAGCUCCUGGCCAGCGCAUCAUUACUUUCC